GAGAGGGAGAGAAAGUAGUGAUUCAAUUUGUUAGAUUGGAGGUGAGUGAUUUGAUGAUAAUUAUGGUGGGUUUUCAUCAAAAUCCAAUCACAUCAGAUUCAUUAUCUUCUAAUAUGAAUUACAUUUCAAUAUUCAAAACUCAGAAACCGGAUCCCAAAAUUGACCAUUCGUAUACGUAUCAUAUAAUACCCAAGAGCAUGGACCUUAAUCACCAUCAGUUAUCAUCAUUAUGGAACCCUAACGAAAGGCUGAAACACGGAAGGUGGAAUCCCAAAAGACUACGUACUGAUCGACGGACGGCAUUCCUCGGAUGUUAUAGACGUAUGACCCUUCAUAGGCCCGGAUCACUAUAUUGAUUGAAAAUUCAAGCGCGAUUGAACAGCGUCACGAAUUCACAAAUAACAGUUUCAAUAUCCAACACUUGGCAGUUUAAGGAGCUGCUGAGCAGUACCGCCAGAAGCUAUACGAGCGAAUAGGAAAUGCGAACCGAUCUGGUUACACUAACAGAUUGUGGGAGAAUAUCCACGAAACUAUGACUACAACAGCGCAGGAAGUGUUGGGCAUUGCACAGCGAAAGCAACGAAAUGCUUAUUUUGACGGCGAAUGCCAGUGAUUGAGGAGAAAAAUGUUGCCAGGAGCGGAAUGCCAUUGGCUCAAUGGACAUAGUCGAAGAUGGUCAAGCUGCAGAACCAUCAUGAGGUGGAUGAGAUAGUACAUUAUAUUGCGUCACCAUAAACGAUCAUCAAUAUCAACAUGAGCGACAACCCCAGGAGAAAUGAAUAUCUCUUGAUGACUCUUCUCGGAGCUGGUGCCCUUUUCGUAGCAUAUCAAGUGUACAAACAUAAUAUGUCUUCCAACGUCAGUGCUCCCAACAAUAGCAAUCGAACAAAAGUUAUUUUAAAGGAUAUCAAUGACGUCCCAUAUUACAAUCGACCCCAUAUGAAUCGGGUUAUCAGCAACCAGAAUGAAUGCAAGCAGGCGUUAAAAAAACUACGGCAAGCUUGCAAAAAAUAUCCGGUUCUUGGACUAGACUGCGAGUGGAACAACGAUCGGAACGGUCGUCGGAAGGUGGCUCUUCUCCAGUUGGCCACCCAAACAGGCCUAUGUUUUCUGUUCAGAUUAUGUAAAAUAGGAUACAUUCCUGAAGAACUGAAGUGCAUUUUAGCUGAUCCAAAUAUUAGGAAAGCCGGUGUAGGUGUUGAAACCGAUAUGCAAUAUCUCUUAAUUGAUUAUCAAGCGGACGGAGCAGGCGCAGUGGACUUGCGCGAAAUGGCGGAAAUCUGUGACGUGCCACUUCCACAUGAUUUGGCUAGUCUGGCUAAGCAAUCGCUCGGUAUCAUUAUGGACAAAACAUGGCAAGUAAGUGAUUGGGAAGCCGAUGUGCUGACCGAAAAUCAGAUCAAAUAUGCUGCGAACGAUGCACGCGUGGCUAUUGAAUUGUAUAAGGUUUAUGACUAUAAUAUGAAAUAGAUAUUAUGAAAAAGUACAUAACAUCAAUUAUCAGCUAAAAUAUCAGUGUUGAUACAUCAUUUCUCUAUAUGAAAACAAAUUCGGUAAAAAAUGCACUAUUCAUAACCAAUAAAUUAUUAUAAUUGCUCAUUGCUUAUUUUUAUUUUUACUUAAACCUUGCAUUAAAGUGCCUAUCAGUAAUGUCCUAAAAAACUUCAAAAAAUAAAAA